CAAAAAACUAAAGUAGUUAUCGUUUUCUCUUUCCAUUUCAUGGUAGUUUUUCCGUAGCUUCACGUGCAACUCUUUUACAGAGCAGCCGCGAGAGCAGCCGCGAGAGCAGCCGCCCUCUUGCUGUUCGACGAAAUGCCUGAGAAAUGGUCUCACACAUUGCGGUUCCAAAUCUUUAUAUUCCAUUCCCGCAGUUGAAUACCCCAUAUGUCCCUUCACUUGGUUUCGUGUGUAGGCCCCUGUUAAAUGUCUGUUGUCCUCCUAAACCUAAAACUCUUAGCGUUGAAGCGGCGAAAGCCAUGGGCGUAUUUGGAAUUCUCCAGAGGAAGAGGAGAAGUGAGGGCUUUGAUCGGUGUUGUUGUUCUACAGAGUUGGUGAGUGAUGGUGACGGAGAGCUGGAAGCUAGAAUUUUGGAAUUCAUGGAGAAAUCGGAAAAUUCAAAGGCGUUUCCAACUAGGAAAGAGUUGGAGAAAGCCGAAAGGUUUGAUUUGGUUGAUGCCAUUAGGGAUAGAGGAGGUUGGUUUGUUCUUGGUUGGGAUUCAGGAAAUGAAGGACAGGUAGUAGAAAAUGAAUCCGAAACCUUGGACAUUGAUUUUGAAAUCCAGAAACUUCUAAGCAGAAUGAGUUCUCAAGAAAGUGCACAUUUUGCACACAAAGAAAUAGAGUCUGCAAUGUUUGAAGACAAUAACGUCGGGUCCACUGCAUUUGAUUAUUCUUCCCAGAGUGCCCCUCAUCCAGCUUAUUCCUCACUGGAAAUAAUAGAAACUGAAUCUGACAGAAGUGAUGGAAUUGAGGGGAUACUAAGUCGAUUAGAAAAAGAGAGGAAUUCUUCCCUUGGUAUCAAUUUUGGAAAAUAUAAAAAAGGAGAUCAUGCUUCCAGCAUGGAUGAACCCAAUAAUCAGAACAACUCCUUUGCCACUGUUUCUGCUGCUGAGGUUGAUUUUAGUCAUAAUAGAGAAGAUGAAAGAAGAGUGUCAAUAGAUAGUGUAGAUCCUCCGGCACAAAUAGCUGUUUACGGUUUGCAUGGGCAAAGUGGUAACAACAAUAAUAGCAUUAGAACUCGUCUUCAGCACCUAGAAAUUGCACUUUCUUCUGCCCUUCAGUUGCUAAGCUCCAAAAGUGAUGAAAACGCACCAAGAGAGGCUACUGAAAGCUCUCCCAGUGAUCUGCAUAAGCUUUCUGAUGCAUUGGAAUUCCAGGAGAAUGAAUUGAUGGAUUCUCAGGAGAGAUUGAGGUCAUUACGCGCAAAUCUAGCUUUGUUUGAGGGAAAAAUGGGAUUAGCAAUCAUUGAUACCCAAAAGGUGGUGGAAGCAAAGCAGAAAAGGAUCAAUGGUGCUCAUAAAGCUUUGCAAAUUCUUCGUGAUGUCCACAUUAUUUGGCCCAGUGCUGCUUCAGAAGUUUUACUCACUGGGUCUUUUGACAGUUGGGCAACACAGAGGAAGAUGGACAAGUCAAGUACAGGUAUUUUUUCUGUGUGCUUAAAGCUUUAUCCAGGCAGAUAUGAGAUAAAGUUCAUUGUUGACGGAGAAUGGAGGAUUGAUCCUUUACGCCCCACCACACAAAACCACGGACAUGAAAAUAAUCUACUCAUGAUUACAUGAAAGUUAAGCCCGCCUUUGAAAUACUUAUUAUUUAGUAAGGUCUUAUUAAGAAUUCAACCUUUGUAGGUGUGGGUAAUUAGUUGAAUAAUCAUUAUACAAUGGAAUGCAUUCCCAGUGCCAAGAGAUGGACUCCAUGGAAAGUGCUUUGCAUGGAAACAACAAAAUGCCCUCUUAGAGAAUGUCAUCUUAAUGGUUUCUUUUAUUAUUUCUGUAGCACAAGUUUUACUAAUAUGAAAUUGUUCUUUAA